CAUGCCUAUUCGAACGUAAAGCAGUUUGUCCGACGUGCAAGUGACUGCCACUAGGUAUCUAGUUAGCUACUAGCAAAGGCCCGAACUGAAUAAUUUUAGCUGUUGACGAUGAAAGUAGGAAUAUACAACAAGGCAGUCUAUUUGUAGUCCGUAUAAAAGUCGUUGUAACGAUGAUCAUAGAAAAUGUUGACGCCUUGAAGUCAUGGCUUGCGAAACUCCUGGAACCAAUAUGUGAUGCUGACCCUUCUGCGUUAGCCAACUACGUAGUGGCUUUAGUGAAGAAAGACAAACCUGAGAAAGAGCUUAAAGCCCUCUGUGCUGAUCAACUUGAUGUGUUCCUUCAACAAGAAACUGCAGGUUUUGUAGACAAACUAUUUGAAAGUUUAGUGACAAAAAAUUACAUUGUGAAACCCCCGAUGAAGGAGUCACCCAAAGAGGAGCCUAAACCAGUGGUGCAGAAGCCAGAUGAGAAGGAAAAAAACAAGGAAGAGGAGGUGAAUCACACAGAAGAUGCACGUGAAGUCAGGAGGCGGAGGAGUCCACUGAGGAACCGCCCAGAUUUGAAUGAGUCAAGGGGCCGAGAUGACCGGCGACGAGGUACAGACUGGAAGCGGCGAGACCUGGAGCGCCACGGGAAGGGCGGAGAGUCGUACCGCGAGCGGCACGAGCGACGGCGAGGGGGCUCCCGCGGGCGAAGCCGGAGCAGAAGCCGCAGCAGGAGCCGGAGCACCAGCAGAAGCCGCAGCGGGAGCAGAGGACGCGGGAGAGGUGAGCCGGAGAGGGAGGAGGACAGGCAGGACAGGCGGAGAAGAGCAGAACACUGGUCCAAGUUUGAGCAAGAGAGGAAGGAGCAGGGUGCCUACAUCCCCACCGCUGCCCCCAUGGGCAACGCUCCUCCUCCUCCCCCCUACCUGCUCAACAUGAAUCCCCCUCCGCACAAGUUCCCCCCCUGCUCCUCCUCUUCCACCUCCUCCUCAUCGUCUUCCUCAAGAGGCCCGGCGGUCCCCGUCUCCGUCUCCAUGGCAACGCCAGCUCGUCAGCCCGACAACACGACGGAGAGCUGGUCCAGUUUCUACCUGAGUCAAGACAAGAGCAAGUCGGUGGACGCCAGCCCUUCCAAGAAGCAACGCUGCAGAGACUACGACGAGAAAGGCUUCUGCGUUUCUGGUGACCUCUGUCCGUUCGACCAUGGAAAUGACCCUCUAAUCGUGGACGACGUCAUUCUGCCCACCAUGAUUCCGUUCCCGCCCCCUCCACCAGGGAUGCCCCCUCCCCGUAUGCCCAUGCCCCCCAUGACUGAGCCCCCGCCCAACAUCCGGAUGCCCCCUCCACUGCACGUGCAGCCGCCCAUCCCAGGGAUCUUCCCCAUGCCUGGAGUCCCGCUGAUCACGGCCACUGUCACAGACACUCCUCCACCGGGGAACUCCUCCUCCUCCUCCUCCUCCUCUUCCUCCUCCUCCUCUGCUCUGGCCCCUCCUGGAGUGGGACCUCCUGCUCCCACUGCUGCUCCUCCUCCCCCUCCACCUCCCCCUCCUCCUCCUCCUCUUCCCCCUGCACCCCCCUCUUCCUCCUGCUCCUCCUCCUCUCUGCCUGUCCACCUUCAGUACUCUCUCUCGGAAUAUUCAUACGACUCAGAGGCGUAUAAUCCAGAGUCUCCAGGUCUCACCAGCCGACCACAGUACCGACAGUUCAUCCCACGGAUCCAGACACAGAGGCCCUAUCUUAUAGGCCUGACCUCCGGAGAAGGCCAGGGAUCGCGAGGUACCGAAUCCGCAAAUAUCGUGAUCCAGACGGAGCCCUCGGUGACCAGCGCGUCCACCAGCGAGUCGUGGUUCGGCUCCGACGCAGAGAGCAGGAAGAGGCCGCUGAGCUCCACAGACGGCCCCCAUCCCCCCAAGAAGCCCUGGAUGGACAAGCCAAACUUCAACUCCCAACAUAAGCCCAACUUCCCUAAGAAGAAUCACUACAUGAACACUAAACUGGAGGUCCGCCGGAUCCCACGGGAUCUCAACAACAUUACCAAGUUAAACGAGCACUUCAGCAAGUUUGGGACUAUUGUAAAUAUUCAGGUAAUGUUUGGGGGUGACCCGGAUGCCGCCCUCAUCCAGUACACGUCCAACAAGGAGGCCCGGGCUGCCAUCUCCAGCACCGAGGCCGUGUUCAACAACCGCUUCAUCCGGGUGCACUGGCACCACGAGGCCACCGGGGGGCAGCAGGAGCAGGGCCUAGGGAGCAGCCAGGGCACCAGUCUGGCCCCACAGCACGCCCCCACACACAAGCAGCACAACCCAGGGGCCUAUGUGCUAAAUAACACCUUGCCCAAACCGCGGCUAGAGCUGCCCACGGCCACCCAGGGGGCGACUGACUCGAAGGGCACAAGCCCGGAGCUGCCCACGGCUGCAACAUCUGCAGGGGGAAGUCAUCUGAAAGGGCCAUACACGCGAACAGUUCUCAAGCCGUCCUCAAAGUCCCUGGGGAAGACUGCCAAAGCACUUCAAGUGCAGGAGGUCCUAAAAAAGAAGCAGGAAGCAAUGAAGUUGCAACAAGGGAUGCGGAAAAAGAAACAGGAGAUUCUUGAGAUGCAGAUUGAGUGCCAGAAGGUGCUGAUCGCGCGUCUGGAGACCAACCGGACGAUGAAACCGGAGGAGCGCGCCAGCAUCAUCAAGACGCUGAACGGCCUGUCGGAGAUGAUCUCGGCGCUGCAGACGGAGAUCGUGGCUCUCCAGCGGCCCGCUGGCACCACGCCGCAGGCUCCACCCAAAAGUGACCAGCCUAAGGACAAGACCGAUGCCCAGAAGGAGCUGCUGGACACUGAGCUGGACAUCCACAUGAAGCUUGGCUCUGGCGAGGACACGGCAACACUCAAGAGGAAGCUGGCCGAGCUGCAUGCUGAGGCAACACGUAUGGGGCUGAUCCCGGCCGCGUCUGCGACCACAGCAACGGUGGCGCCGGUACGGCCGACGUUGGCUCCCCCCACUCGCGGACGGGGUGGUAGGGGCCGAGGACGAGGCCGCGGAGGGGGUCGAGGAGGAGGCGGCGGCAACCACAUGGUGGUGGACCACCGGCCACGGGCGUUUGUCAUCCAAGGUGUCACGCAGGAGGAGAAGGACGAACUGAGGCCACACUUCAUGAAAUUUGGUGAAGUCGAGGAUUUCCGUGAUCAGGACGCCACCAGUGUUGUCAUGACCUUUAAGUCGCGGAGCGAGGCAGAGAGCGCUGCCAAUCAAGGGUCCAAGUUCAAGGGCCGCUUUCUGGAGAUCUCCUGGUACACGGCCAAACGACCCUCCGUGUCCUCCGAGCCCUCAGAGGAGGAUCCAAAGGAGGAGGCCAAAACGGAACAUGUUAGCUCCUCCCUCCUCGCUGAAGAUGAAGAGGAGGAGGAGGACGACGACGAUGAGGACGAAGAUGGAGAAAGCCGCUCGUGGAGACGAUGGAAUAAAUAAAUUCAUCUGGCUUUUUAUCUUUAAUUUUAUUUUUAUGUCGUGGGUGGGGGUCGGAGGCAAAGCUGUCAGGUCAAACCGUCUAAACCAGUAUUCACUGACUGAAGGAAAACAUAUUUUGUUGAGUGUAGAUGUAUAUUGCGCCAAGUGCAAGUGCAUCCACACAGUUUUGAUAACUGCAUAAUUAAUCUCUUUGCCGAUGAACCGGUUUGAAACAUCAGGAUCACAAACUGCUCUGGUUUCACUUCAUUACAUUGCAGUGCUGUAACACAAGAUUUGUGACUCAAAACAUUGUUUUUUUCCUCUUCCUCCUUAUGUUUCUUUAGUGUGCACCUGCUCCAAACUAUUUUAAUAUUAUAGUGAGCUAGCAGGUGACAACAUCCUGAUUAGCAUUGAAGGCAAAACUUAAAUGUGGCAUUGAAAAUUAAGUCAGUUGAGAUUAUAUUGCUACUCAAACUAUUUGCUUGAAUAGCCACUAUUAUCAUUGCAGUUACCCCUGAUGCUUGUUGUGCCACUACGUGUAAAUACAGUAUCCAUGGAAACGGAGGCACAGUUAGUUAUUCUGUAAAGUGCUUAAAGGAAUCCCUAACUUGCAUUAUUUCAUCCCAUACCAAAGAGAUCUUUGGAACAGGAUGGGUAGAAAACAUUGUUUUCACUUGACUUGUGUAUAGUGCUGUUCUGAAUGUAUGGUUUUUGGUUUUACAUUAUUUUGCCUUACAUAAUCAGCUGUGUGCUGGAUUUGUACAAGAUACAUGCCUCCCUCUGUUGAGCUUCUGUGUAAAUUUUGUACAUGUUGCAGUUUGGAAUGACUAUUCAUACCUUUUAUUACAUGGUAGCCAUUUCAAUGUUGAAGUUGGGGACAAAAUGGUUUCCCUUUUUUUUUUUAAAAAUUGUGAUUUUAUUUUUGAGUUUGAGAAAGUAUUCUGUCCCUUUCUAAAAUCCUUAUUUAUAGCAAUGUAUUUAAAACUUCACCAUCCCAUCAGUAACGGUUAUUUUCCCAGCAUUUCUAAAUAAGAAUUACCCCCUAUUAAUGCCUGUCAGGAAAGGGGCAUAUGUUUUUCAUAGAGCUGUAGAUAUUUUUCCCCAUUCCUUUCCUUUGAAAUGCCCUUGGUAAAGAGCGCUAUCCAUAAUGCCCUGUGUGAAUGUGCAAUGCUGAUGAAAUAUCUAUAUUUUUGUUAUUAGUACUUACACACGGUAUUUAACAAUAUAACGAGAUAAUGAUGAGGUAUGAUUAGGUCAUAUCAUCCACCAGCCCUUUCCUGUAUCUCUGCUUCAAUUUGGUAAGGGCGAGACUUCUCAACCAUUAGGAUGGCCUGCUUUUUGUACCCUUUUAUGUCAUUGUACAUGACUUCAGGAUGAAAAAAUGUCUUUUUCUGGGAAAUUUGUGAACUCAGAAAAAAUAUAUGUUGCUAUGAUAUUAAUAGCAGGACUAUUUCAGUGAAAAAAAAAACUAAAAUAUUGAUCUCCUGAUAUUCUUUAUUUUUAAAACAUUGUGCUACCAUGAUUUGGUGGUAUGGUGCAUCGAACAUUUAGUGAGAAGGUUUGAAAUAUUACUGUUUAUAUAUUGCAGAAUAUGUGGAUGUAUUUUAAGUUUUGUUUGUAAAAUGAUUUUUUAAUUUGCAUGUUUGGUUACCAAUAAAGAAGGAGGAAUGGUUUCAUUAUGAAGAUCAGAACAAACAGAAAAAAAAAAAACAAUUUGGCCAAAAGAAAUUAAAUGGAAAAAGAAAAUAUUUCAACAUCUUGACAAAAAAAAAGGUCAAAAUGAAAAACUCACCAUUCCAGAAAUAAUACCUGAA